GAAACGAUAAUUAAAGAACAAGUUAAUGGAUUAUUAUGUAUUUUAAUCGAUUCACUUUAUGGUUUAAUACAUUUCAGAAAUUUCAUUAUUCAAAUGUAAAUACAUUUCAUUGGAGGGUUGAAUUUAUACUUUAAAUUGACUUCGAUAUUUAAUAAGUCAACUUCAUGACUCACCACAGACAAGACUGCCGAUCAUUUUAAUUUGAAAAGGUUGAGCGGAAGUGGCGUGUUCUGCAGGGCAGCUAACUGGAUGGUUAGCAUGUUGGCUGUGAUGCUAACGAGCCCGCGGUGUAACCGAACAAAACAUUAGCUGCGAUGCUAAACCGAUAGUCAGUUUAAAGCUUGUGCUCAUCAGAAGCCACUGUGCUAACGACUAGUUUUGUGCUAACGACUAGUUUUGUGCUAGCGACUAGUUAACCUAAUCAGAAGCCCCUGUGCUAACUACUAGUUAGCCUCUUUAGCCUCUAACAACAGCAUCAGCUGCAGCUGUCAACACUGCGCCUCCUGCUAGCUGCUAGCUGCUAGCUGUUAGCAUCACAGCAUCAUGGAGUCGAACCCUCCGAAGAGACGCGACAGUAAGAAAUCUCUGCGGGUGAAGGUGAUCAGCCUGGGGGACGCGGAGGUCGGGAAGAGCUGCAUCAUCAAACGUUAUUGUGAGAAAAGAUUCGUCCCCAAAUAUUUGGCCACGAUUGGAAUCGACUACGGAGUAACCAAGGUGCAGGUCCGGGACAGGGAGAUCAAAGUGAACAUCUUCGACAUGGCCGGUCAUCCGUUCUUUUACGAAGUGCGUAACGAGUUCUAUAAGGACAGUCAGGGCGUGCUGCUGGUGUACGACGUGGGCCUCAGGGAGAGCUUCGACGCCCUCGACUCCUGGCUGGGCGAGAUGAAACAGGAAAUGGGCUCCCAGGCCAACAUGGACAGCAUCGUCUUCAUCGUCUGCGCCAACAAGGUGGACCUGACCAAGAGACGCGUGGUGGACGAGGGGGAGGGGCGGCUGUGGGCGGAGUCCAGAGGGUUUCACUACUUUGAGACGUCGGCACAAAGCGGCGAAGGAAUCAACGAGAUGUUUCAGGCGUUCUUCUCGUCCAUCACUGACAUGUGUGAAAAUGGCGGGAAGCGUCCGGUGGCCGAGGUCAGCGUCGGCUUCACCAAAGAACAGGCCGACACCAUCCGGCGCAUCCGAAGCAGCAAAGACUCGUGGGACAUGUUGGGCGUGAAGCCCGGCGCCACGCGGGAGGAGGUGAACAAGGCGUACAGGAAGCUGGCCGUCCUGCUGCAUCCCGACAAGUGUGUGGCGCCCGGAAGUGAAGACGCCUUCAAGGCCGUGGUGAACGCCCGCACCUCCCUGCUGAAGAACAUCAAAUAACAGACCUGUGUGUGUGUGUGUGUGUGUGUGUGUGUGUGUGUGUGUGUGUGUGUGUGUGUGUGUGUGUGUGUGUGUGUGUGUGUGUGUGAGUGUGUGAGUGUGUGAGUGUGUGAGUGUGUGAGUGAGUGAGUGAGUGAGUGAGUGAGUGAGUGAGUGAGUGUGUACGGAGGAUGAGGAGUGCCACAGUCAACAUUUAGGUUUUUUCAUUCUUAAAAUCAUCAACAUUUGUUUUCAAUUCAUAGUUUGGGAAAAAUAUUCUGUGAAACGUUUUAAGACCAAAGUUGAAAAGAUUUUUAGUUCUUGUGCCAAAUCUGAAGGUUUUUGUUUGAAACGUCAGACGACUCAUUGUUCAGUUAAUCACUAUUCAUACUAGAGUUGAAUUCAAUCUAAUGAUGAAGAACUCGGCCCUCGUCUUCAUCGUUUUCUCCUUUAAGAGACAAACCUCUGGUUUAGAACUGUUUAAAAUGUUCUUAAAUUAAUUUGUUGCUCCACAAACAGUAAACUCUCUUCUCUCCCUUUUCCUCAAAAAGCUCAAUUGACCCUGAAAUGAGUUUGAAUCGGUUUGUUCCUCAAAGACACUUUUUAAAAUCAAUUGGUCACUUUGAAGAAUCUCUUAAACCAGGGUUAGUGUGUCACCACGUGCAAGAGUCAUGUGACCUCACGGCGUCACGUGACCUCACAGCGUCACGUGACCUCACAGCCUCAUGUGACCUCACGGCGUCACGUGACCUCACAGCCUCACCUGAGCACACAGAGUCACGUGACCUCACAGCAUCAUGUGACCACACGGCCUCACCUGAGGUGUCACAUGACGAAGUUGACCUGGAACAAAGAGUUGUGUUUGUGUAUUGUUUACAGACAACAUGUCUUCAUAUCUCUGAUCUACAGAUGGUUACAGGAGCACUAAACACAUUCUGAAGGCUUGUGUGAUUUCUUUUUGUGUUUUUAUAAUUUAAUCAUUAACUUUUAGAAUCAUCUCUGUUUAAAUCAUGAAUAUGAUCUUUUCACCUGGAGACUACAUUUCCCAUCAGCCUUUCAAGUUCAAUGAAUUCAGACCAAAUAGCAAUGAACAAAUAAGGUAACAAAUCAAAUGUAAUGUUUGGAUGUAACGUGUUAUUUAUAUUUAUUAUUGUUGCUGCGUGAUCACAUGUUAUUUAUUUAGUGUGAAGUUUAAACACUGAAGUAAUGAAACAAAUUAUUGUUUAAAAAUAUUAAUGUUUGGUCACAGUUUGACCUCAUGACUGAAAGUGCUGAGUCACAACCAGUCAUCUGACGACUGGAUGGUGUGUGUUCACCUUCUGAGGACACACACACACGUGCACGUGCACGUGUGUGUGUGUCCUCAGACACGUGCUCCCGGUUUCUUUUUUGGAAUUAAACGACUGAAAUCA